ACGCUGAGAUGAUUUCCCCUCCAAAGCUCCAUGAAACCCACCAUCACAACACUACGUCCAACACCAUCCCUUGAUCACACCGCCACACCCACUAUCGAUUGAACAUGACCGAAGCAACUAUCGAGCCACCGGCAGCAUAUGCAUCCUCGCCAGUGACACCCAUCAACCUCAUUCUCCUCUCCCUGUUCGUCUUCAUCGUUUACCUCCGCCUUAAGCCUUCCAAACCGCAGACCUUACCGCGCGCUCCACCGCCGACCGUCUUCCGGACAUUUACCCCACCGGAGCUGUUUCCCUACAACGGCCAGAAUGGCAUGCCGGUGUACCUUGCGGUGCGCGGCCGUAUCUUCGACGUGACAUCUGGACGCAACUUCUACGGUCCGGGUGGUCCGUAUGCAAACUUCGCUGGCCGCGACGCAAGUCGAGGACUUGCGUGCGGUAGCUUUGACGAGGACAUGCUGACCAAGGAUCUUGACGGACCUCUGGACACCCUCAAGGAUUUGGAUGAGGAGCAGAUGGAGGCCAUGCGCGGGUGGGAAGAGAGGUUCAGCGAGAAGUAUCUCAUUGUGGGCAAGCUUGUGGCUGUCGGCAGCCCAGAGGCUGAGGCUGCUAAGGCGCAAGAAUGAGCAAACGGACAAGCACUGAAGAGAUACGAAGCAACGGCCUGAAAGGUAGCUAGAAGCAUGCAAAAUCAUUUAAGGGAAGGCAGCCCAGCCCAUAGGUGGUGCUGAUAAAAUGGAGAACACGUCAUAAAGGGCUUCCGGCUGAAGAACACCCUCCAUCGACAUUGGGUUCGA